UAAGACCGACCGAGUCGCAGCUAGCGCUCUACUCAGGGAGCGAAUUAAAAAAAUAUAUUUUCCAGUUCAUACGCUCUCGUUAACAUCACAAUGGCUGCCACGGACUUAGAAAUACUAGCCAGCGAGGGGAUGAGGAGUCUCAAUCUGGGCGGCCAUGUUGGCUUCGACAGCCUUCCUGACCAGCUGGUCAGCAAAUCAGUCUCGCAGGGAUUCUGCUUCAAUAUCCUCUGUGUAGGUGAGACUGGCAUUGGCAAGUCCACGUUAAUGAAUACUCUCUUCAACACUGUGUUUGAGAAUGAGGAGGCCAGUCAUUACAUGGACAAUGUGGUCCUCCGUCCCAAGACUUAUGACCUCCAGGAGAGCAACGUCCACCUAAAACUGACAAUUGUGGACACUGUGGGUUUCGGAGAUCAAGUCAACAAGGAGGAAAGCUUCAAACCCAUUGUGGACUACAUUGACACACAGUUUGAGAACUACCUGCAGGAGGAGCUGAAAAUAAAGCGUUCCCUCUUCAACUACCACGACACCAGAAUCCACGUCUGUUUGUAUUUUAUCGCCCCCACGGGGCAUUCGCUCAAGUCACUGGAUUUGGUCACCAUGAAAAAGCUGGACAGUAAGGUAAAUAUUAUCCCCAUCAUUGCAAAAGCUGACACAAUCUCCAAAAGUGAGCUUCACAAGUUCAAGAUCAAGGUGAUGAGCGAGUUAGUGAGCAACGGCGUACAGAUCUACCAGUUCCCCACAGAAGAUGAGGCCAUCUCAGAGAUCAACUCCUCCAUGAAUGCUCAUCUGCCCUUUGCGGUGGUGGGGAGCAGCGAGGAGGUGAAAGUGGGAAACAAAAUGGUGAGAGCCAGACAGUACCCAUGGGGAGCAGUGCAGGUGGAAAACGAAAGCCACUGUGAUUUUGUGCGUCUGCGGGAGAUGCUGAUCCGGGUCAACAUGGAGGACCUGCGGGAGCAGACGCAUGCCCGCCACUACGAGCUCUACCGCCGCUGCAAGCUGGAGGAGAUGGGCUUCAAGGACACGGACCCCGACAACCAGCCCUUCAGUCUCCAGGAAACGUACGAGGCCAAGAGGAAGGAGUUCCUCGGCGAUCUGCAGCGCAAGGAGGAGGGAAUGAGGCAGAUGUUUGUAAAUCGGGUGAAGGAGACCGAGGCGGAGCUCAAGGAGAAGGAGAGGGAGCUGCACGACAGGUUUGAGCUGCUGAAGCGCACCCACCAGGAGGAGAAGAGGAGCGUGGAGGAGAAGAGGAGGGACCUGGAGGAGGACAUGAACUCCUUCAACCGCAGGAAGGUGGCGGCCGAGACGCUGCAGGGCCAGGCCUUCCAGGCCUCCUCACAGCUGUCCAUCAAGAAGGACAAGGACAAGAAGAAUUGAUUUCCAUCCUCACAGCAACCAAGAGCAUCCAGGGAUUUGUCUUCCAUCUCCAUAGCAACACAAGUGUGUGUGUGUGUGUGUGUGUGUCUUUGUGUGCGUGUGUGUGUGUGUGUGUGUGUGUGUGUGUGUGUGUGUGUGCGUGCGUAUUGCAUUGCAUUGCCUUUUUUUACCAUUCCGUCUCAUCCAGUCUUUGGAGAGCAGUGCUGUUACAAAUGCAUGCCAAGAUUAGGUAUUCUCCAGCGGAUAGCCACGUGUCAAUCAACAUUCUCACCUCAUGUGAUUGGAGCAGGGGAAGGAUGGGGGCGGUGCUUCAGUCUACAUGUUUAUAUGUUUGUAGGCAUCUCUAGAUGAGCAUCAUAAUGUUGUCAUGGUGCUUGCAUGAACCGAACACGUAGACUUAACAGGAUCCGAUGAGGCUUCUACCAUUCCACUUACGCUGUUAACAUGGCAUGAUGUGUCAAAUGUCUGUUUAAAAAAACAAAUAUGGAUGCAUUACAAUGUGAACUUAUAAAGCUGAUGAUUAAUAUAAAAUAUGUCUGUAGUGUCAUUCUAGAUAGUUUUAUACUUAACCAAAUAUGCAUUUUGAUACAUUGAAUUUUAUGUGUGGGUGAAUUUAAAAUUGGAGUUGACGACCUGUUUCCAGAGAGGACUCUGACCGUAUAAUUAGGGCCCACUCAGAAGCCCACUCAGAACUAAGCAAUAGAACCUCCUGUACUCUCAUUUGUACUUAAAAAAUAAUAAUAAUAAUAAUAAUAAUAAUAAUAAAUAAUAAAACAAAACACUGACAAUAUGUUUUACAUCAUUCGUGUUUGUGUUUGUGUUUGUCAUGUUUCCACCGAUCCCAGAAAAAUGCACCUUUACACCUUUAUCCGGCAUGAUCCCCCUUCACCCCAUUGGUCACUGUAAUUAUUUGACAUGGCCUGCCUGUCACGUGACCCACACAUGCCUUACAAUGGUCACAUGUGUCUGAUUGAAAAGAGUUAGGGUUCAUGAACAGACCCUAGUCUGUUCCUUGUUGAUUGAUGUGUUGCUAAUUCCUUACUGAAUGUUGCAUGUGGAACUGUGCUAAACUGUACCAGAACAGGGAUAAUGACCCCUCAAGGCUAGCUCGUGGCUUUUGAUCAUAAUCCUGUCCUCCUCCCAGAAACAACAGCCCAAAAGUCCCUCACAAGAUUGGAAUCAUUGUCUUUUCAGCCCUAUGCAUUCCUGGUCAGUAUUUGUAACUUCUGAGUAUUAAUGUUAAUUCUCAUUUUCUUUCUCUCCCUUUCUUUCCACCUCUCUCUUUUCUUUCUCAAUAGCUUCUUUACUCUUCCUUCUGCGUGCUCCCUAACAGCUGGAAGAAAUUUAAAUUAGAAGAUUUCAUUUGAGCCACAAUAGUUCUUGCCAAAGGAUUUACAGACCUAUAUGAAACUUAACAAUUAAGCUCCUUUUCUCUCUUCUGUGGUAGAAGAUAUAUUUGAAGUGUUCUGUGAUUUAAAAUGGCAUACACAGCCUACCCCUUAUAAAUCAAGUUACUUACCCUAUCAACUGAUUACCCUUUCCAGACUGUGAAGACACUAAGAUAGCAUAUUAACAUUCAUGCAUGUUUAUCAGGGGUUUUCCUUUUCGCUAAUAUAUGCUUAUCCUUUAACCAACCAAUACAGUUGGUUGCUCUUGUGUUGCCACCUACAACUAGUGAUGAUAUUUCUGCACUGUGAAAUGCAAUACAUACCGUCAGCCACCAGGGGAGUGUCUGAGAGCUAUCGGCCUUUCCAGAAAAAAAGCACUUUACCAGAGACUGACUAGAAGCUUGAAGUAUGUUCUGGAAAAAUCCUCAGUAUUUGUUUAGUUUUCAGUCAGUCAGCAUUUAAAUAUUAUAAUGCAAAAUAAUGCAGUAUGUUUACUAGAAUGUUGUCUUCCCUUUAUAAAAUGAUACGAUUACUUGAUGAAAAGCAUUCAAUUAUCUCAAAGUUUGUACUUGACUGUCUUGAAUAAAGUUUUUCCUGACUAAAAGUA